UUGUAACAGCAUUUAUGACAAAUGAAUUAGUAAUCAAUAGAGUUUUGCUCAACCCAUUAAUUAUUAACAGGUAACAAUUAUAUAAAAGUCUCUGAAUUAUAAUGGUUAGUUCAUUCAAGUCUUAUUACUCAAACUAAUUGUGUAUCUUUAUUAACCAUCAAAAUGAAACUCUUACUUGCCUUCAUCACCCUUGUUAGUGUAGUGACAAUCAAUGCUAAGCCCAGCAAAGAACUAACCCCGUUCGAGCAUGAUAUCGUUAACUAUUCUGUAAACCGAACUAAGAGUUUCGAAGACAAUAUUCCUGAUUGGGAUGCAUCCGCCUCACUCCAGAAAAAUGUUCUAACCGUCGUUGGCAAAGCUUUCAAAUCUGGUACUAUUCCAUUCUGGAAUUCUGGUGCUGAUCUUAAGGUUAACCUUGUGUAUGCUCUUGAAGCUUUCCUUCGUUCACUUGAUAUCCAAGAUUUCGAUGAGACCAAAACCUUCAAAGAAAACGUUAACUUUGCUAUUGGUGAUUUCUUGAGAUCACUUCCUGUGAUUCCAUCAUGGUUCCCAAUUGAUUUCGUACAGAAGAAAAUGGUUAAUAAUGUUCUAGGUUCUUUUGAGAAUAUGAUCCCUGGAUUUGAUGUAAAUAAUUCAGUUGAUGACGAUGUUGUCGCUUGGGUUGAAACUUCAAUCUAUGAUAUUGACCCAUCAACUGAAUUGGAGGAUGCUGUUAACACUGCUUUCAAAAACGCUUUAGAUCUACUCUUACUAUUACCAGGAUUCAGCCCAUCAAAGACUCUUCAAGAAAAUGUCUCAAGAGUUAUCGAAAAUCUUUUACUUCUUGAAUGAUUUACAAAUUAUUAUACCAGUUUAACCAACGAUUUAGAUUUAUAAUCAAAGUAAUGACAAAUUCAAAUAAUUUUCAAUGGUUUUGAUUUCUUAAUGUAUCGAAUUUAUUGAUAAUAUUGAAUGAAAUAAACAAUUCUUAAUAACAAUGCA